AUGGUGGUGAUGAAGAUGAAGUUCCCCUUUGAGAAAAGGGUGAAGCUAGCCCAGGGACUGUGGCUCCUCUCCUGGACUGCCACAAUCGCCGGGGCCGUCACCUUUACCCUGGGGUGCAUCCUCAAGACGGAGCUCCGCAGGAGGGCAGAGGUAAUGGAUAACUCAAACGUACAUAUUGUGCCCAAUACCCUCAUGAUUGUUGGUCUGGCCUCCAUGGGUAUCAACUACUUUGCGUCAAAGAUCUGUCAGGAUGCCCUGGAUGUCGGGCGAUUUCCUCGCUGGAAGACCUUCUUGAAGCCCUAUUUUGCUGUCUCUUGUUUCUUCACUGUCCUCAUGCUGCUAGCUGUCAUCAUGAGCUAUGUAAUGAGGGGCAGUCUGGAGGGUUCUCUGAAGGUUGGCCUGAGGAACGGCAUCCGCUUCUACAAGGACACAGACACCCCGGGCCGCUGCUUCCAGAAGCAGAAUAUCGAUCGCCUGCAAAUGGAGUUUCAGUGCUGUGGAAACAACGACCACAGGGACUGGUUUGAGGUCCAGUGGAUCAGCAACCGCUACCUUGAUUUCAGCUCUAAGGAAGUGAAAGACCGUAUCAAGAGCAACGUGGAUGGCCGUUACUUGGUAGAUGGAGUCCCAUUCAGUUGCUGCAACCCCAGUUCUCCACGACCAUGUAUCCAGUAUCAGCUUACCAACAACUCAGCUCACUAUAACUACCAAUACCAGACCGAGGAGCUCAACAUCCACCUCCGAGGCUGCAGAGAGGCCCUGGUCAACUACUACAUGGGCCUGAUGAACACCAUUGGGACUGGAGUACUGUCAGUCUUCCUCUUACAGUGCUCUGUGCUGGUGAGCUUGCGGUUCCUGCAGACCUCCAUGGAGGCAGUGGCAGGGAACGAAAAUACAGAGAUCGAGACAGAGGGGUACUUGCUGGAAAAAGGAGUGAAAGAGACCAUCAUGGAGUAUAUAGACCCUGUGCUGAAGUUCCUCCUGCUUACAAACCAAGUGGAAGAGGGCACUCCGGCAGGUGCUGACCCAGCAUAAACCAGCGAUGACGUACGCACAUGUAAAUAAUUUCUACGCAGAGAGGGCAACUAAUGAACGAUCAUUUAAAAUUAAAAACAGAACAUUAAUCACAAUUUUCUAUGAGUUUCGUGGAUUUAGGGAUAGUAUUUUUUAUCGUCCGAAGACCAUCACAAGUAAAAUAAAUGUAUUUCAUUCAAAUUCCAAAUGCUGAACUGAUACCCUCUCUGUAAACCACCUGAAAAGAUGCCCACAGAUGUUAUUGAAAAUGAUGAUGAUUUCUGCUGUUUUUCAGAUUCUUGUCACUCCU